AUGGCAGACCCCACCGGCGUCGACGAGGACGCGACCAAACUUAAUAACGCAAUCGGCCGCUUAUCAUGGCCAAAACUAGUACAAAUGACUAGAGUUCUGUGCCAGAAAAAUGAUGCUGCCAGAGAUUUCUACAGGAGCAAACUUUUCGUGAAUGAAGAGGACGUUCCUCGACCAAGCACACCUCGCUCGCCCGACCGCACGCCUAGCCCCAGCGAAGCCAGCGACGAGGGCGACGAGGGAAAUCCACCCAAGCCUCAUCCUGUUCCAAGCCCACAGACGACAGGGUUUAAAAGGUCUCGACCGCGCUAUGCUCUUUGCAUAAACUGCGAGAGGGAGUUUGACGUCGUGGCGAACACUAAGAAGAGUUGUCAAUAUCAUUGGAGCGAAGCCGAAGUGGAUGAGGAUGCGUUUGCUGAUCACGAUGAAUGCACUCACGGACCUAUGGAUACUGAGGACAACCGAGCCGCGUAUCCCGACAAAUUCAUCUACGACUGCUGUGACCGCACGAGCGAUGACAAAGGCUGCGUUACGGAUUGGCACAAGGGAGACACGAGAACCAACGAAGAGACAGAAGAUGGGCCCUUAGGGACUGAGUACUGA